AUGUACGUCAUUUCCUGGUCUAUUUUCAUUGGUCAAAAAAUUUAAACAGAAAUGAGGGGAAAAUACAAGUCCUAAUUAAAAACAACGAUUUCUUUUAUUUCAACAUGACAAAGAUGGCAACACAGCUGCUGAGAUUGCUAGAGCAUCCUCUUUUCUUUGAAGAUGUUCAAUUUGCGCACAAUAUUGUUUACCAGUCAGUGAAAGCUCUUAAUGAGCGUGCUUACACUUUCAUAGAUGAAGCAUUGGCUGAUGCAAGAACUGUCUUGUGCUCACCGGAUCUGUACAUUUUGCCAAAGACACCAAGAGCUGAAAGGAAAACCAGAAGGAUUAGAAAGUCUUCACCAGAGAGUACAAAGCCUUCUGAUAAUGUGGAAGAGCAGGACACUUCUAGAACUCGUGGCAACCCCAGGAAGAGGCUUGCCACUGAGACGUUCUCUGAUGAUGACGACUUCCAAGAUGCACCUGCCAGCAAAAUUUGCAAUAAAGAAUCUACACCUCCAACUGCUCGCCGGAAUACUCGAGCCAACACAAGGGCUGCAACCACAUCUCGUGCAAGGGCCACCCAAUCCUCGAAACCAAAGAAAAAAGCCAAGAGUCAGGAGCCAGUGUUAAAGAUAGAUAAAGAAGAUGAACAAGAGGUUGAAAUAAACGAUAAUGUGGACGGUAACCCAACCAACAAAUCGGAGGAAGCUGCCAAGACCUCGAAGAAAUCAGAAGAUCAUAAUAAGACUCCAACAAACACCCCAGUGGUAUCUGAGCUGUCCACAAACAAUUCAGGGGAUCAAGAGGAAGAAGAGGUUGAAGAAACAGUGGAAGAAAUUGUUACUUGGACACAAUCAGCCGCUUGUUCUAUUAUAGCACCACCACUUAGAAUAGUUUCAACAAAUGAGGUCAAAAAGACUCCUGUCAAUAAUAAAUCAACUGUGAUUGAAAACUUCAACAAAAUGAAUGUGAAAGAAAAAGUGCAUGCUUAUGAAGAGAUUAUCUUAAUUAGUCCUGGUCCUGUGCAAAGCAAGAGGAAAUCGUCCAAGUCUGAAUCAUCACCAACUCUUUUCACCCCAGAAAACAAAGUUCAGACGUCAAGCACUAUGCACACUCCAGACACGGUGAUUCCAAAUAAGCAGGCAGUGACUGUGUUAUCUGACAACAAUUCUGAGAGUGAGAGUGUAGAAUCUGUGGAGGCAGAGACAGAGCCUGUGAGAUCAGCGAAAAAAGAUACACCUCGGCUAAGCAUGCCGCGAAGAUCUAGACAAAGCCUCAGGAGAUCAUUGCAUAUUUUGCCAUCAAAACAGAAGCUAACUGAGGCUGAAACAAAACCAUUAAAAACAAGGACUAGGUUGCGAUUGAAGAAAAAACAAGCUGACAAGGAAGUAACGACAGAAUCGGCCGAGAGUGCGACAGAGUCAGCAAGCAGUGAUGUUGAGGGUGGUAGAGACUCAGUGGGUUCUCAGGAGAGCUGUACAGAGUCUGGGAGAGACGUGCGUGAGGUCGAUACGGAGGCUGAGGACCGAGAGGACAGGGAAGAGAGGAUGGAGGUGGAGCAAGACGGCCAGGCAAACAGCAGACGAACAAGAAGUGUUGAAAAGCCUGCUGUGGAGAUAACUGCCCCAGUUCCCAGGCAGUCCACUCGCACAAAAACGAGGGCAGCACAGAAGUCAGUCACUGAAGUGGUUGAACAGGAUGUGCAACAAGAGUCGGCAAUGAAUGAGAUGGAUGGUGAGAAACAAGAGAGACCAAGGGUGACCCGUUCCAAGAUGCGACAUCCUAAGGUUCAGGAGACGGCAGAUGCUGGCAAUGACUCUGUCUUCAUGGCCCCUGGUACACCAGUGAGAGCAAGUACCCGAACUAAGACCCGCAAGCGUCAACACGAAGACGAGUCUGAAGGUGAGACUGCUCAACCCAAACGCUCCUGUACCAGCAUGUCCAGCGUUACCAGUGUUACCAGUGACGAUGGCAACCACACACCCACAAAUGGAGACUCCAGCGAUGAUGAGUCGCCCAGCUGCCCCAGGGACAAAGUGAUACGUCCCCACCCCCAGUCCUUCCUGGCCAACCUAAACAAGACCUCCAACAACCCCCUCCGCCCUGCAAACCUCAACAACAUGCUUGUCAAGUCUUUCAUUGCAAGAAAUAGUCCAGCUCCAAAACCAACACUCAAGGAGAUACAAGAGAAAAAGAAGCGUGAAUUAGAGGAGAAACAGAGAAAGGAGAUGGAGCGAAUGAAGAAACGUGAGGAGGAACACCGCCAGAAAGUGGAGGAAAUGAAGAAGCGACGGGAGGAGAAAUGGAAGAAGGUGCAGGACGUGCGGGAGAUCCAGCUGGAAAAGGAGAAACAGUCGAGGCUCGAGCUCGAGAAACGCCUCAAGGAGAAGCGACAGAACACGCUCAAACAGCGCGAGGAGAAGAUGAAAGAAGAGCGAGAGAAACAAAAGAUCAGGUUACAAAAGAUAGAGGAGGCAGAGGAGAGAAGGAAGCAGGAGGAGGCAGAACGGCAGAAGAAAGUACAAGAACAGCUGGAGAAUGAGCGGUUCCAGGAGGAGCUGUUGGCACGGAAACGGGAACACGAGGAGCAGGAGCGGCAGCAGAAGAUUGAGGAGGAGAAGAGGCGUGCUGCCGAGAGGCUGGCCGAGGUGGAACGUGAGCGGGAGAAGGAGCGAGAGAGGCUGCUGAGGCUGGAACAGGAGAAGAAAAAGGAGUGGCAGAAGAAGAAAGAGGAGAGAGAUCGCCAGCUGGCAGCUGAAAAGGCUGAGAAGGAGAGAAUAGAACUAGAAAAGAAGCGAGAAAAAGAACUGGCAUUGAAGAAAGAGAUGGAAAGGGUCAAGGAACAGGAGCGUCAAAAGCUUGCCGAGGAGGAGGCGGCACGAGAGGAGCAGAGGAAGCGUGACCUGGAGGUGAAGAAAUUGGUGGAGAAACACAACAGUCAGGUGGUUCAGCAGGCCCCGCCCCCGGGCAAACCUGAUACUGCCGUCACCAGGAUCCCUCAACCCAACCUGAACAGGACCCACUCUGUGGAAGAGGCCACUGUGAACAAGGAGGGCACGCAGAACGACUCGUAUGAGAUGACGCCCAAGCGCCAACCCCAAGCUUCCACGACUGAGAACUACUGCAUAGACGACCUCAACUCUGGCGAUGAGACCGAUGAUGAGGAUGCUCCCAGGAAAAAGAUCCCAGACUGGGCACAAGGCUCCGCCUUGAAGGCCCAGCUGAUCAAGCAGUUCUACAAUCCGCCCGGAUCCCUCAACGGACUGUUUGGGUCCAUCGAGGCGCCCGACCUCAAUGCACUCUUCCAGAAGAAGCGGGCCCGCUUCAACAAGAGGACAAGCUCUGCCCACUGGGACACACCUGUUAUGAAACCCGGGCUACUCGGAAGAAAAUAAAAGCUGGUUUUGAUAGUUUUUUAUUUGCUGUAAAAGAACCAUCUUGUCAAGAAAGGCUGUGAUCUUGUUUGUUGUGAUGUGUUUCGUUGGCUAAUUGAUGGACGAAUGCGUUUUGUUCAGAAAAUUGAGUCAACCACAAUUGAGGGAGUAUGCAUGUAGCGGAUUGCUAGAUUUUGUGUUUGUCAUAUGAAGAUUACUAGUAUGGGUUACAUCACAAAAUAACUCAGGCCAUGCUGCGCUCAUGAGAGACAGACUAUUGCUCCAAGAAUGUGUGGAAGAGAGACUUUCUUAGACUUCAGAUCUCACUUGAAAGUUUUUUAUCUUGCUGAACAUUAUGAAACAGAGAAAACCAUUGAAGACGGUUUCUGGUGAAAGGGGACUUAUCUAAAACAGACCGAUCUCGUCAUAGAACUGUGAGUGUUUAAAAAAAAAAGUGUUUAAGGGAGUAUUUGUAUUAAGAAAAAAUAUGAAUAAAGGAACAGAGAAAACAUGGAUUACCAGUGUAAACAGUAUACACAAUAUAAGUACAGAGACGGACAUCAUAAGGAGGGACUAAAUACAAAGCAAAAUGUUUUGCGUGUGUAUGUUGAAACUAAUGUUAUAAAUUAUGUUUGGUAUUUCUUGUCUAUAUUCUACUCUGUACCCAUUCAUUUAGGAGUAAAAUUAUGU